AUGUCCAUGCAAUUAGCUGAUUUACAGAAUACUUUGCACAUUUUAUCUUCUGGUGCAUCACAAAAUAAGAAAAAUGAAGCAUUGCAUUAUCUAGAACAGUUUCAAAGAUCCAAAGAAGCGUGGAAUACCUGUCAUGAAGCUCUUUCAAACGUUGAAGGUGCUUCCAAUCUGGAGCUGCAUAUUUUUGCAGCACAAACCAUAAGGAAUAAGGUUACUUACGAUCUGAGCCAAUUGGAAAGAAAUCUCGUACAAUUUAAGGAUUCCCUUUUGCGAUUAUUAACAAUGCAUACUCAAAAACUAGUGAUAACUCAGUUAAAUGUUGCUCUAGCACGUUUGGCCAUUCAAUUUUUGGAAUGGAGAAGCCCUAUUGCUGAAAUCAUCAAUGUGUUAAAUCCAUACCCUGGAUUACUACUAAGCUUUUUCCAAAUAUUACCUGAAGAAACAUUCGACAUUGGUUCAAUUCCGCUUACUGAAGACGAAUAUAAUUCCAGGGUUCAUGAACUAGUUGACACUAUUGCUGAGGACAUUUUGAAGUUUCUGAUAUCCUGUACGGAAAUUUUAAAAGACUCCAGAGCUCAAAGUACAAACUUUGCCAUGGACAUCACUCUAGAGAGUGUGCUGCGUUGUUUUACAUCAUGGUCUUUUGAAUUUUCAAUCGAUCAGUUGUUCCAAGUACAACCUCUGAUAUCUCUGGUCUUCGAGUCGUUAAAUCACACUGGCGCCAAUGCAGAUAGUAGUGUGUUUGAAGCUGCUGUUGACUGUUUAUGUGGUAUUUUAAAGGAAAGUCGUGAUACAACAAAUGAACAAUUGAUUAUGACACUCUUCGAACAACUGAUUGGAUUACAAAGAAAUAUUUUGCCAAAUAUUCAGACCUUAUCAAAGCUACAAGUUGAAGAAGGAAUAGAUCCAGAAAUUCUUGAGGGAAUGACUAGACUAUUUGUAGAGGCUAUAGAAGCUUGGGUUAUAUUUAUUGCAAAAUCCCCAGAGUUUUUUCAACCUCUCAUUUCCAUGUUACUAAUGCUGACUUGUAAAAAUCCAGAUUUGGAUGUUGUAUCGUAUUCAUUUCCCUGUUGGUUUAGUUUGAAACAAAAUUUUGUAUUGCCAAGAUACCAAAAUGCCAAGGCAGUUUAUACUCCAACAUUUAUUGAGUUAAUUAACGGUAUUAUUGAGCAUCUUCAGUACCCUCCUGACCAUUUUGAUUCUAAAGAAGGUGAAGACAAGUUCAAAGAAUUUAGAUACCAUAUGGGAGAUGUUUUGAAAGAUUGUACAGCUGUUGUAGGGACCAAUAACGCCUUGGAACAACCAUUAAUAAAGAUAAAGCAAGCAUUAAGCAGUUUGACCAUUGCUGGAACGAAUUCCAUAAAUUGGCAGAAUUUGGAAGCUCCAUUAUUUUCAUUGAGAACUAUGGCACAAGAGAUAUCGUUAUCAGAAAAUAAACUUCUACCUGAAAUUUUUCAAAUUCUUUGCAAUUUACCUGAACACCCUAAGCUAAGGUAUGCCUCAACAUUAGUGUUAGGCCGUUACACAGAAUGGACUGCAAAACAUCCUGAAACUCUGGAAAUGCAAUUACAGUACAUAUUCAAAGGAUUCCAACAAGUUGAUUCAAACAAUGUCACCGAUGAAAUGAAGGAUAUUAUAACUGCAUCAUCUCAUGCAUUGAUGUACUUUUGCUCAGAUUGUUCAAGUUUAUUAAGUUCCUACAUCGACCAAUUGACCGAAUUUUACUUUGUAAUUCAGGAUGUUCUUUCCAAGGACAUAGAAUCACAAUUUGAACUAUGUCAAGGGCUAAGUGCAGUUAUUAACAAUCAGCCAAUUGAAUCAAUAAGUGAGACGUUUGGCAAGUUAGUUGAUGAUAAUUUGGCAAAACUUGGACAAUUAGUGACCGAAUGGAAAAUAAAUUCUUCGAAUAGUAAUUUGAGCAAACUUAUUGCAGAUAAGAUUGACCUAUUUUACGCAUUUUUUGAGGAAUUGAAACCCAAGUAUGAAUACCCACAACAAGGUGUCGAACCAUUGCUACCGCAAAUUGAAAAAAUCUGGAAUGCUAUUAGAGUUUUACUGGUCAAUGAAAGUGGAUUUAAAGAUAUAAUUAUUGUGGAAAGAAGCACUAAAUUUUUGAGAAGAUUAUUCGAGAGAUUCCAUGUUUUCUGCGAACCUAUACUAGGUUCAGUUGCCGAAUUCUUAGUCCAAGGCUAUGCAACUACUGGAUAUGGUUCAUUUUUAUGGUGUUCUGGUUCAAUUAUAGUAAUAUUUGGAGAUGACGAUUCGUUUCCUAUCCCAAUUGCUCUGAGAGAGUCUGUGUGGCAAUUUGCAUUAUCUCAAUGUAAAACAUUCAUUGUAAAUUUCAGCAAGAUGAAUAAAAUUCAAUUAAAUAAUUAUUAUGAAAUUAUAAUGGACUUCUUUGCCAUGGUUUCUGACCUGGUUAUGUUUUUCCCAAAAGAAUUUAUCCUAUCCACUGAACUGCUUGGCAGUGUAAUUGAUGUAGCAAUAGAAAGUAUAAACAAACUAGAAAAUUACGAUGCAUAUGUUUAUAUCCUACGUUGUCUAGAUGAUACGGUCUCAUGGGGUUUCAAGACACCUCCAAUUUCGACAUUGAGUAUAGAGUAUGUCCCAGAUGAAUGGAGAAGUCAAAUUAUAAACGAAGUAGUUAUCAAAAGGGGCUCUCGUAUAAAUUACGUUAUAUUUUUAGGUUUACUCACAACGUUUGAGUCAAAUUCCCAUUCAGAUGCUAUUGGUUGCAUAGUGAAGUUGCUAAGACUAGCUACUGAAGCAAAUAAUAACAAUGCAUUGAUUUGUUCCGAAUGGCUCACUGAAGUGUUCUCUAAAUUGAAUGAAACUACACAUAAAGAAAAGGAAAUUUUGAAUAAAGCGGUUGUGGAUGGAUUAACUCAAAGAAAUUACAGAAAAAUAAGAGAAGGAAUUAGAAAUUUUGUCCAGUGGUAUCUGAGAAAAAAUGUAACACGUAGAGUAGAGUAG